AUGUCCUCCCUAUCCACGUCUGAUUUGGCCUCUCUUGAUGACACUUCCAAAAGGGAAAUUGCUACUUUCCUAGAGGGUGAGAAUUCCAAGCAAAAAGUUCAAAUGUCAAUCCAUCAAUUCACCAAUACCUGUUUCAAAAAAUGCGUUGAAUCUGUUAAUAAUCCUAAUUUGAGUUCUCAAGAAGAGCAGUGUUUGUCUAACUGUGUGAAUAGGUUUUUGGAUACUAAUAUCAGGAUUGUGAACGGGCUGCAAAACACCCAUUAA